AUGAAUGAACAGUGGGAGGGUACAGAAUUCUUUGCCGUUGGGCAAGGGAAGAGGGCUGGUAUCUUUGGUCCCAUCAACCAGAUUCUCUGGGACAAGGAAAAUCAUUCUGGGGGGCGGGGCGCGCGGCGCCCGCCGAGCAGCGCGCUGGGCAAACCCCCUGGCGUGGCCAUGCGGGGAGUUGCUGAAGUAAAGGAACCCUGCAGCCUUCCCAUGCUAUCUGUUGACAUGGAAAACAAGGAAAAUGGCUCUGUCGGUGUAAAAAAUUCCAUGGAAAACGGGAGACCACCCGAUCCUGCAGACUGGGCCGUGAUGGACGUUGUCAAUUAUUUCCGAACAGCGGGAUUUGAGGAGCAAGCUAGUGCAUUUCAGGAACAGGUAACUUGGUCUGGAGACAUGAUAAACACAAUUACCUUCCUUCCCCACAGUGGGCAGAAGGGAGGAAGAGGACCCAGGAGCAGGGAGGGGCCAGUGACACUCUAAGAUGUUGAGGUGGAAAGAGAAUGAAGGGGACAGGUUAAUGAUUUCUUCUUGCAAGCGACACAGUUGCAGCUGCAGAGAGGAGGGCCAAAGCUCAUGUACAUCUGCAUCUUCUGAAAGAUUGAUCCUGCUAAGGGGUGAAAUCAAUCAGCCCUACCUUCAAUGCCAGCAUACUAGGAAGCAGAAGAUAAGGAGAGAAAAAAAAAAGAAGGGAUAAAUCUGACUGAGACAUGGAAC